UAACAAGUUACUUAUAGAAUUUUGUUACGUUAGUCGCAUUAAUUACUAUCAUUGAUAUGAGAUACUUUUCCAUAGCAGUUCUUAACUAUUUCAAUUAAGUGGUUCAAGAUUUGUAAGUGUUCUGUCUGCUGAGUUUAUCGGAGGGAGCUGUGCUGUGUGACUGUUGCUCUUGCUAAUAAUAUCAUUAGACAAUGAUUAUUGCUUAUUCUUCGAAUCGAUCAAAGGCCUGAACUGUUCGUAUAUGCUCCUCCUCUUCCCCGAGACACAACUCUCGAUUUGAUACCAACCUUGACUAUUAAGAAGUAUAUAUUAUAUAUAUGGCCAUUGUUGUAUUGUUGAGCUGCUUGAGCACUACACAAUGGGAAAGCGUGUUCCAACUCCACACUGCUAGUUCCCUCCAGUACCAUUAUGACUUCAUCAUCCCAUUUCAAAGAAACAACUGUAAUUUAUGGGAGACAGUGGAGCUCAAGAAUCGUAAGCCUCUUGUCAAGAUUUCACAACUUUCCUCUUUCUUAUUUUGAGAAAAAAAGAAUUAAUUUUUUUGUUUGUUAUAUAUUCAAUUUUUUUUAUAUUAUAUAAAAAAAAAAGCAGGCUAUUUAAAUUUUUAUCCAAGAAAAAAAAAACUUCAGAUAAGAGAUAUCCGAGCGAACGCCCUCGUCACCUAUCUCUCUCACUCUCACUUCAGUCGCCAUAACCACCAAGCUUUGUGGUUAACCUCUUCUGGGCAAUUUGACAAACACUAACGGGGCAUGGAAGAGAAUUUUGUUUAGUGUCUGGAAAUUGCUAUUUUUUGCUGAUUUUGUUUUGUUCGAUUGGUAUUGCUCUUCAAGUAUGUAUUAUAAUAGUGGUAGUUUCAGUUAUACUUGUGCUGCUUUUACAGAGAGUGUAAUAGUAAUAGCUACUUCUUCUAGUCAUUAUCAUAGUGUGUCAUUUAAAGGAAGAAGCUUUGGAAAUAAUGUAAAGGUUUCCUCGUACGGGCCCUUGAGAAAACAAAUGGGUCUAUGUGGGUUUGUUAUGAAAAUCCCAAAGGAAGGAGUGGAACUGAGUCUAACCAAGGAGAGGAAGAAGAAGAAAGUUUUGAAAUCUUCACAAGAGUUUAUAAGGGCUCUUAAGUCUACCAAGGACCCAUAUUCUGCAUUUUAUUAUUUCAAGGUUGUUGCUGAGCAAAGUGCCCCCUCCACUUCUAAUGUUGUUCUCACCACUAAAACUUGCAAUUACAUGCUUGAAGUUUUGAUGACUCAUAAGAGGGUGGAGGAUAUGGCUGCUGUUUUUGAUUUAAUGCAGAAGAAAAAGGUUAAACGAAGUUUGAACACUUAUCUAGCUAUUUUUGAUGGUCUUUACAUAAGGGGUGGAAUUCGACAAGCACCAAUUGCGCUUGAGAAGAUGAGAAAUGCUGGGUUCGUUUUAAAUGCGUCUUCAUUUAAUGGGCUGAUUUGUUUUCUUCUCCAGUCAGGGUUUUGUGGGGAGGCUUUGGAGGUUUACAACAGAAUGGUUAUGGAAGGGAUGAAGCCUGGCUUGAAGGUGUAUUCAGCACUGAUGGUGGCAUUUGGAAAGCAAAAGGAUACUCAAACUGUAAUGAGUUUGUUAAAAGAGAUGGAACGUUUGGGAUUGAGGCCUGAUAUUUAUACAUUUACCAUAUGCAUUAGGGUUCUUGGAAUGGCAGGGAAAAUUGAUGAGGCCUAUGAUGUAUUGAAGAGAAUGGACAAAGAGGGAUGCAAGCCAGAUGUUGUUACUUAUAAUGUUCUCAUUGAUGCUCUCUGUAAUGCAGGUAAAAUUGAUAAUGCAAAGGCAUUGUUUGUAGAUAUGAAAGCUAGCAGGCACAAACCUGAUCGUGUUACUUAUAUCACUUUGUUGGGCAAGUUAAGUGAUUGUGGAGAGGUAGAUUCUAUGAAAGAAAUUUGGGAUGAAAUGGAAGCUGAUGGUUUUGCUCCUGAUGUAGUUACAUUCACCAUUCUUAUUAAUGCUCUCUGCAAAGCAGGCAAUGUUGGCAAGGCGUUUGAUACUUUGGAUGUGAUGAAAGAGAAAGGGAUCUCACCAAAUCUUCGUACUUACAACACCUUGAUUAGGGGACUAUUAAAGGAAAGUAGUUGUGUCCCUGAUAUUUUCACAUACAACUUGUUACUUGGUGAGCAUGGGAAGUCGGGGAAAAUCAUUGGUGAGCAUGGGAAGUCAGAUAAAAUCACUAAACUAUUGGGAAUAUAUGAAGAAAUGUGUAGUGGGGGAUGCAAGCCUGACACAAUCACAUAUAACAUACUCAUUUCCAGUUUAGUGAAAUUUAGUUGUGUCGAUAAGGCUAUUGAUUUGUACUAUGAUCAUGUUGGUCGUGAUUUUUCCCCCUCUCCUCAUACGUAUGGUUCGCUCAUUGAUGGACUUUUUAAGUUAGGAAGACACGAAGAAGCAAUGCUUUUCUUCCAUGAGAUGGCAGAAUAUGGAUGCAAAGCUAAUCGUGUGAUUUUUAAUAUUCUUAUAAAUGGGUUUGGAAAAGCAGGAGACGUGGAAACUGCCUGUCAUUUGUUCAGAAGAAUGGUUAAAGAUGGAAUAAGGCCAGACCUUAAGACUUACACCGUUCUUGUGGAUUCUCUCUGUCUUUUAGGAAAUGUUGAUGAAGCUCUGUGUUACUUUGAGGAACUAAAGCAGAGUGGUCUUAGUCUUAAUAUAGUUUGUUAUAAACUUUUGAUUAAUGCACUUGGAAGAUCACUGAGGGUAGAAGAAGCUUUAUCACUCUACAAUGAAAUGCAGAGCAGAGGAAUUUGUCCUGAUCGUUACACAUACAACUCACUAAUACUCAGUCUUGGGAUGGCGGGAAUGGUGGAGCAAGCAGUUUGUAUGUAUGAAGAACUACAGCUUAAGGGUUUUGAAGCUGACGUUUUCACCUACAAUGCUCUCAUUCGAGCCUACAUCACGUCAGGGAAUACAGAUCAUGCUUUUGCAGUUUACAAGAAAAUGAUAGUUGUUGGCUGCGAUCCGAAUGUGGGAACGGUUGUACAGCUUUCUAAUCAAACUCCCAGUAUUUUUUCAUAAGACCAUCUUAGAAAAGUUUUUUCGCUUGAGGUGUCCUUUCGUUGCUCACAUAACUGAUGCAGAGGUAAAUGAGCUUUCUGGUGGAUAAACUACAGCUCAAUUUAUGCAGAGUCAAUGGAGAGAUCCAAGACUUGGAAGUCUUCCGUCUGCUGAGUUUAUCUGAGAGAGUUGUGGCUAUGUCAUUGGACAAUGACUAUUUCUCAAGACAUGGUGGCUGGGGAUUGCCUUUGAUGGUGGUUGGCGAGUAGACACAGUUUGCCCAUUGCUGUACAGUUGAGAAUCUAUUUGCCUAUUCGAAUCGGAGCCUGAACUGUUCAUAUGCUCUUCCUAUUCCCCAAGGGUGUUUUUAUACUUUUUCCUUUUGGUUAUUACAUCAAGAAGUAUAGUAGCUAUGGCCAUUAUUUGUGGCUAUAUUUUCUUUAUUAAGCCAUUGUUGUUAUUGUUGGUUUGAACAUUAUACAGAAUGAAGAUAAAUGAUUGCUAAGCAAGCUUUUACUA